AUGUCAUGCUCGAAGGCCUAUACCGAGACUUCUCUGAAGACCUGCUCUGAAACCUGCUCCAAGCCGUGCUCCUUCAACUUCCCGGACAUCUGCCCUGAUACUUGUCUGAAGACUUGCUCUGAGACUUGUUCAGAAACCUGCCCCAAACCCUGCUCCUUCACCUUCCCAGAGACCUGUUUGAAGACUUACUCUGAGACCUGCUCUGACACCUGCCCCAAGCCCAGCUCAUUCACCUUUCCCAAGACCUGCCCCGAGACCAGUCUGAAGACCUGCACUGAGACCAGUUCCGAGAUCUGCUCCAAGCCUUGCUCCGUCACCUUCCCCGAGACCUGUCUAAAGACUUACUCUGAGACCUGCUCUGACACCUGCCCCAAGCCCUGCUCCUUCACCUUCCCCGAGACCUGUCUGAAGACUCGCACUGAGACCUGCUCUGACACCUGCCCCAAGCCCUGCUCCUUCACCUUCCCAAAAACCUGCCCUGAGACCAGCUCCGAGAUUUGCCCCAAGCCCUGCUCCUUCACCUUCCCAAAAACCUGCCCUGAGACCAGCUCCGAGAUCUGCCCCAAGCCCUGCUCCUUCACCUUCCCAAAAACCUGCCCUGAGACCAGCUCCGAGAUCUGCCCCAAGCCCUGCUCCUUCACCUUCCCAAAGACCUGCCCUGAGACCUGUCUGAAGACCUGCCCUGAGACCUGUCUGAAGACUCAACCUGAGACCUGCUCUGACACCUGCCCCAAGCCCUGCUCUUUCACCUUCCCAAAGACCUGCCCUGAGACCAGUCUGAAGACUCAACCUGAGACCUGCUCUGACACCUGCCCCAAGCCCUGCUCUUUCACCUUCCCAAAGACCUGCCCUGAGACCAGCUCCGAGAUCUGCCCCAAGCCCUGCUCCUUCACCUUCCCAAAGACCUGCCCUGAGACCUGUCUGAAGACGUGCCCUGAGACCUGCUCUGACACCUGCACCAAGCCCUGCUCCUUUACUUUUCCCAAGACCUGCCCUGAGACCAGCUCCGAGAUCUGCUCCAAGCCUUGCUCCAUCACCUUCCCCGAGACCUGUCUGAAGACUUACUCUGAGACCUGCUCUGACACCUGCCCCAAGCCCUGCUCCUUCACCUUCCCAAAGACCUGCCCUGAGACCUGUCUGAAGACGUGCCCUGAGACCUGCUCUGACACCUGCACCAAGCCCUGCUCCUUUACUUUUCCCAAGACCUGCCCUGAGACCAGCUCCGAGAUCUGCUCCAAGCCUUGCUCCAUCACCUUCCCCGAGACCUGUCUGAAGACUUACUCUGAGACCUGCUCUGACACCUGCCCCAAGCCCUGCUCCUUCACCUUCCCCAAGACCUGCCCUGAGACAUGUCUGAAGACUUACUCUGCGACCUGCCCUGACACCUGCCUAAUACCUUGCUCCCAAAGCCUACAGUGUUUAUGGCUGCGGUUUUGGCGGAAGGACUGGCAGACUGUACAACGGAGGACACGGUGA